AUGAAGAGUAAAUCUUUAAGAACAUUGGGACCACAAUCUGGGACCGUUCCAGACUGCCUCUUAUGGGAAUUAGUUCGAAACAACCACGCUUUUUUGAAAAAGUCUCGUACCACUACCUUUUCUCUUGAAUCACAUAACCUUCUCUCAAAACAUUCACCAAGAUUUACUGUUUUAACACAAUUUUGCAUAACUUUUGUAGGAUAUACUAAUAAGACUUCUUAUGACGUUGUUUUAAAUUCAACAGGUUCACUGAUUACUCUUAAGAGAAGUAAUGUUAGAAACUCAAGACGUCCUUCCUCUAAAACUUCUGUCAAGUCUCUGAAAAAAUCACUUGAGUUGGUGAAUUCUCUUAAGUCGACCGUCAAGAAAGACCGCCCCGACCUUGCAGAUUUAGUGGCACGUAAAUUCACAAUGCUCACCAAAUCCAAAACAGAAGAGAAGCCUGAAUCUUAA